UAAUUUAUGGUAGUUCAAAGCCCCCUGCUGUCUUCGAGAGGCCAAUUUAACUAAUUGUAAAUGUGGCGAGAAGAAGAAGAUGAAUUUUCGAUGGAAAUUUCGAUUUUGCCCAGCGAUAAACGAGCAUUUAUCCCAAGAAGUGAUACCUCAUAAGACAAGAGAUAACACGACAGAUCCAGAUUUUUCAAAAUGGCGGUCAAAGAGCCAUGUAUUAUACUGUAAACGGAUUUGCGCUCUGCCCCCAGCCACGCUUGUAUAUUUUAAUACUAUGAAACAGUUUCUUUUCCAUUUCAGAAUGUUUUUUUUUUUUUACUGCUCGGUCAACGACUUUUUCAGCGAGCUCUGGUGGCAGUUUUUAAGAUGUGCUGUCUUUGUCCAAAACUCUCACGGGUUUCCAAAUUAUAUUUGUCUGCGUUCAUCACAGAAAGAAGUUCAUUGGAAUUCUGUACACGUCGCUUCACAGCAGUACUCAUAAGUUCCAGAAAUACUCGUUUUUUAUCUAGCCGUUUUCAAAAAGAAACUUUUGGCGGCUUUUCGAUACAGAGUGUAAAUAGGCAUCAAAUCGUGCCGUGGGAUCUGUGUAGAGCUAGAAAACUAAUUUGUUCGCAAUCAGCUGAGACCCAGUUGGAAACAUUGAAAUGUGUUCAUUUUUUGGACAAAAAUAACCCACGGCGAAUCGCCACCUUAUCUGCAUAACUCCUGUCUCCCACAGUUUUCAAUUUUCUUCUUGAAUUCCAAACAAACAGCUCUGUUGGUCGUAUGUUAUUACAAACUAUGUUCCGUGCCACGGCUUAAAUUGCGUCGGAUAAUUCUUUUCUGUGGCAACAGCGGGGAAGAAAGGCAAUUCAAGGAUUGAAAACUCCACGGAACAAUCACUGAAUGUUGUUUAACUUAUCUCACUAACUUCGAAUUGACGGACGAAAUAAUCAUAAAAAAACAGACUAAAUAGGACAGUAAACUCGAGAUUUCAUUCUUGAUAGAAUUCUUAAUUUCUAUUUAAAUAGUUGAAGCGCAGGGUGUCGUCUGCGAACCCAGGGCAAAACAGCCUUUUUGAGCUGAAGAGAGAUUCAGGAAAUUUUUACCACAAAUGGUUAAAGUUAGGCAGUUCUAGUUAAAAUUUAAUAGACAAUUUCCACAACAGUAGGGCUCCUGGCAUAUAGUGUACUUCAUUUGAUUCCAGAAACAUAAAAUAACAGGAAAUUGCUUCGCUGCAAAGCCCAGUACGACGUUCUCAAAGCUGGCUACUGAUAAUCGAAGUUCCGAAAAUGAUUGUUCUUCACCCAGAACGUUCUCUCGCUGUGUUCCCACAGAUUCUUAACCAUUGUGAUUCAAUUUCGCACGCUGAGCGCUUGCUAGGCAAAAUAUGCGUUCUUGAGGCGCUCGUAAAACCUUAAAUGAUACCACCGGAAAAAGAGUUUUGUGUCUUCGCGACGUGAAGAAACACCAAUAUUCAUUAUAUGUGGGCGGUACAUCGAAUCAAUGGGAGAAAGACUUGGCGGGCUCGCAGCAUUAACUCAGCACGUUCUUCGCAUUUUCCAUCGCCUCUGUUCUUCUGAAUAACUUAUUUAUGCCGCGUUCUCACAGCAAAACCCGCGUUCUGAAUAUGUGUUCCUGGCCAGUGAAACGAAAAAAUGGUUAUUUCGCGGCGUAUUGUGGCAAUAUAAUUCUGUUCUUUUGGUCUGCGAUAAAGCCUUUGUGUUAUCUUUGUCUAGAUCCCUCCCAAAUGACAUUUCUAAUUUUUCGAAGUGUUGAACUACAAAAGUAUAAUUACACAAAAUCAACAAACUUGUGCAAUUAAAAGAUCGCUUGACUUGGCAAAGCUGGCCGCCACAGGGAAAGGAUUUAGUCAUGGAAGCUUACACAUGCUGUCACUAGGAGAAGAAAUCGAAAUUGCUUUCGCUACGGACUCUUCCACCGGGAGCUCUAUGUGGCAACGAAGCUGCAGAGUACUUUUGUUGUUUGAGGUUAGAAAUAACAGUCGGGUUCCCCGGUGGUUGUGUCAACACUCCGUCCCCCUUUGUAAUUUUUAACGCUUCUCCGCCAAUCACCGAGCGAGAAUACAAAAGGAGAAAAUGAUGAAUGACAAGUCGCUCAAUUAUGUACGAGUUCAGUGCUGGAUACUGGCCUGUGAUUGGUCCUUUUGAAAAGGGUACUUUGAAUAGCCGCGGGCGAUAAUACUGCUCGGUGCGAACCAAUGAAAACAAAGAAAAGAACAGAUAGUUAAUUAGAAUGACAGCUGCUUCGGUGGUUCUACUGUGACGGGAAACCGCACUAGGGGGCUACUGUGAAACUGACAGCCCCCUAUAAGAGCCGGGCUUUUUCCCCAAACCUUUUACUUGAAUGUGGCUUCGCUUAAACGAAUGCUUGCUGAACGAUUCGCGCUGUAACUGCGUUGCUGUGCUUAAAAAGUUCUCAAUCGCCGAUAAGGUCAAUCGGGGCGGGAGAACAGAAGUCCUGGCCGACUUGUUAAUCAGUAUCUUUGUGUUCAAGCUGUCAACUUUCUGAUUGAUAACUGAAUUGACUCAUUUGGUUUUCAUUCCCAUCGAGCAAAUUGGCCUGCUACGGAUAGAGCGCAGUUGAGUCGCGCGACAAACACAGUAUAUCGGCACGGUUUACAAGGUCUGGAUGCAGUUAUGUGCGACAGCUCAGACGGUCGUGUAACAAGGACAUGAGUUUUCGAUUUAAACUGGGACUGACUGCCGUUUUCCAAGUGCUGCUGUCGAGUUGUUUAUUUCCGCAACAGCUUGUCGUGUCAGCAGAGAGACAAACGUGUAUACAAGUAUUGAACGAUCGAUGCAUAGCGCCGUACGAGAGCGCCGUGGAUGCAGCGGAACCCGCAACGAACCGAGCAAUUUGUACCGCGUUGGCUAUAUUUUUACGUUGUGUUCAGGACGUAAAAAACGCGGUGAAAAGCUGUAACUCAGACAUACAUUUUCACACUAUAUCUACACUGAUACCACGGCAAAUGAAGGACCAUAACUGUGGGAAUGUUUCACUGCCUACGAACGGAACAGCUCUACCAACUACAAAAACUCCUGCGACACCAGCUCAAAAGCAGCCUGCUUGUUUGAACUUUACAUUCGCGCAAACCAAACUAUCCAAAGAACAAAUUAGGAGAAACCCACACGAUUUUCGAUUGUGUGCUUUAUUUGGGGACCCACAUUUAAAAACAUUCACAGAAGAGCGUCAAACAUGUGUCGUAGAAGGCGCCUGGCCUUUAAUCGACAGUGAGUAUUUCUCUGUGCAGGUUACGAACGUGCAGCUCGUUACAGGAUCGAGCGCAACUGCUACAAACACGAUCACCGUUCUGAUAAAAGCUCAAGGAAAAGGUUGUGUGAAUCAGAAAAUAUACCGAGCAAAAGCGGGUUUGCUACCCGCUGAGUUUCAUGAUGGAACUCGACAAACAGGGCCAUCAGAUUGCGCAGCGAAAAUCCAUCGCCGUCAAAAGGGAGCACAAGUUCACAUCGAGAUUAGAAUCUGUUACAUUAGCACGACGAUAAUCAUCCGACAGGUCGGUGAAUUUCUGACGUUUCAUGUAAAAAUCCCCGAACAGCUUCUGUUCAAAGCUCCGAUAACUGGACUUUGUGUAACGGGAUGCCCGUACCGCCAGCGAAUCGACUAUAGAGAGCUGUUAUCUUAUACGGACGAACAACUAGGGCGAAUGCGUCCCAGAAGAAGUAAAAUGUCUCGCAAAGAAGCCCAUGCUAAGUGUACAAAGACGAAAAUCACGGGCUUCUACCUUGACUCAUGUUUAUUCGAUCUCCUAACAACGGGGGACGAAAAUUUCAGCGCUGCGGCGUGGCAUGCUUUAGACGAUUCAUUUCUGCUAGAUGAAAUGGGAACCUUACGGGACCUUCUGUCCUACAACACUACUGAACCUCGGUUAGAAACCACUCCAGCCAUCCGACCCACGCGACAAGCUCAUAAUGGGAGCCAACAUAACGCAUCUCACUCAUACUUCGUUUUCUGGGUGCUGUUGAUGUCUAUGUACAUUUCAGUGAGAUGACAGGAAUCCAAUCAAACUACGCGCUGAAAAUAAUUUAUGUGCUAUGUCUCCGCCGAAUCUUAUCUGUUGCCUGUCAAGAAAUUCCCAGAUUAUUUUCAAUCUUUCAAAAUCUUCUUGUAGUAUAUUAAACAGCGCGUUUAGUGAAGGACGAUGCAAAGAUGGCCAAGAUGAACCGAUUUUUUUGCAUACGAUCUGUGACAAAUUCGUGUAAAUACACCUCAUCGAUAGAAACGUUGUUUAUGAAUCAGAGAUGUACAGACAGUUUGUAUAAAAAAAAUAAGAAGUCACUUGAAUAUUAGAGGCAUACAUUUUAUAUAUUUCUACUGAAUAUUUUCUUCGGGCACGGAUCAGAGAGCAGUGCGUAAAAAUUUAUUUGUUUUUUUUACAUUCUCGAUUAAUUUAUGAACCCACAUAACAAGCAUUUUGACAAUGCACACACACACACACGCUUCGAAAUAAAUCUGAUCGACAAUGAA